CGCGCUCCUCAACCAAACUGCCUUUUCUCACUCGCUUUUCUAACUGCACACUCGUCCGUCGGCUUCCUCCAGCCUUUUUUUCGCUCCCUAUUUAUGAAAACGUCACUUCAAGUCCCUCCCUUUUUGAAUCUCAUUAGUUUCUUAUGUGUUUCUCCCUGUCAAUAAUCCUGAAUCCAGACUCUCUCUAUUUCCAUCCCUCUCUAUCUGUCAAUCAGCGCCGCCUUUGAACUGAAAACCACUCCGACCAACUUCAACUCACUCAAUUCGAGCGGCUCAGCUCCAUCUCCGGCUUCUUUUUCUGCCAAGGUUCCCCUCUUUUUAGUUUGUACAAACCGCCAGUGCUUGGAAAACGCCAAUACAGACUCUAAACUUUAACUCGGAUUCUAGAUCACCAAGAUCAAGGGUUUAAAACGUUGUGUUUUUGCCCCCCAAAAUUGCUCGGGAAAAUGCCGCAGCUCAACGGCGGUGGAGGGGACGAUUUGGGUGCGAACGAUGAAAUGAUUUCCUUCAAAGACGAAGGGGAGCAGGAGGAAAAAAUUUCGGAGAACUUAUCGGCAGAAAGGGAUUUAGCAGAUGUCAAAUCUUCUCUUGUAAAUGAAUCAGAAACAAAUCAAAACAGCUCGUCAGAUUCGGAGGCGGAAAGACGGCCUCCGCCUAGGUCUGAAACUUUCAGAGACAAAACAAGAGAAAGUUUAGAGGAGGCUGCGAAAAGGCAAGAUGGAGGGCUGUUCAAGAGCCCACCGUACCCGGGCUAUCCAUUUAUAAUGAUCCCCGAUCUUACAAGCCCGUACCUUCCGAAUGGAUCACUUUCUCCAACAGCUCGCACAUACCUACAGAUGAAAUGGCCCCUGCUAGAUGUUAACCACGGAAGUCUUCAAAGUAGACAAGCACUUAAAGAUGCCCGGUCCCCGUCACCAGCACACAUCGUUGGGCCCUUCUGCUUGGAAUUCCCCGGACAGUCAGAUCUGAGCCUUCACCAAUUUCAGUUGUCUAAUAAGGUCCCAGUGGUACAGCACCCUCACCACGUGCACCCGCUCACGCCUCUGAUCACCUACAGCAAUGAGCACUUCACACCGGGCAACCCCCCUCCGCACCUACAGGGAGACGUGGACCCCAAAACAGGAAUUCCAAGGCCUCCACAACACCCAGACAUAUCUCCCUAUUACCCUCUCUCGCCUGGCUCUGUAGGCCAGCUCCCCCAUCCGCUAGGAUGGUUAGUACCACAGCAAGGUCAACCUGUUUACCCAAUCACGACGGGGGGUUUUAGACAUCCCUACCCGACUGCACUCACUGUCAACGCAUCCAUGCAAAGUUUUCUGUCCUCCAGGUUCCCUCACCACAUGGUCCCGCCUCACCACAGUUUGCACCAGACCGGCAUCCCCCACCCCGCCAUCGUCACGCCCAACGUCAAGCAGGAGUCCUCCCACAGCGACAUAGGCCUCAACAGCUCUACUAUACUGUACACACUCCACAGGAAACACCAGGACUCCAAAAAGGAAGAGGAGAAGAAGAAGCAGCCCCACAUCAAGAAGCCGCUGAACGCAUUCAUGCUCUACAUGAAGGAGAUGAGGGCCAAGGUCGUGGCCGAGUGCACGUUGAAAGAGAGCGCCGCCAUCAACCAGAUCCUGGGACGAAGGUGGCACGCCCUAACACGAGAGGAGCAGGCGAAAUACUACGAGCUGGCCAGGAAAGAGCGACAGCUUCACAUGCAGCUCUACCCCGGCUGGUCAGCACGAGAUAACUAUGCGGGUAACCAACAGGGCAAGAAGAAGAAGAGAAAAAGGGAUAAGCAGCCAGGAGAGGGCAAUGAACACAGAGAAUAUUUUCCAAACCCUUGCCUUUCACUCCCUCCGAUUACAGAUGCAAAUACCCCAAAGAAGUGUCGUGCCUUGUUCGGGCUUGACCAGCUGGGUUUAUGGUGCAAACCAUGCAGGAGAAAAAAAAAGUGCAUUCGCUACAUCCAAGGUGAAGGCAGCUGUGCCAGUCCUCCCUCUUCGGACGGAAGCUUACUAGACUCCCUCCCACCCUCCCCCUCCUCGGUGGCCCCCUCCCCCUCCUCGAAAGAGUCCAAACCUCAGACUGAACAAAUGCAACCUCUCUCGCUGACUAUGAAACCGGCCCACCAGCCUCUCCACCACCCGCACCUCCUGGCUGGGCAUCCUCCUCCGCCAUCUUUGGUUCUGCUGGAAAACUCUGCUGCUGCAGCAGGUAAAAUGCCUGGCGCAGCCCACAACGGAGCCCAUGACCACGGCAAUGUCUCGUCCUCGCGGCAACCAGGCUCCUCAGGCGCCUCGCUGUCCCUGGCCAGGCCCUCGGCAGCAUCGCUAUGUCAUUCCCACUCGCUACACCCCAACUCCACGGCCCCUCAGCCUCUGUCGCUCGUGACCAAGUCUAUAGAGUAGCCUCCCUCCUUAUUCACUCCUGUCCUUCCUUCCUAUAUUUCUAGCUCUGCACACCUCUAUUCGGGCCCUCUUUCUUUUUAUCCUUUUUUCUAUUUUUGUGCCAUAAGGCUUUGAAAAUUUGUUCUUGUUUUAUCAAAGUUCAUUGGUCAAUAUUUGACCCAUCAUUAUCGAAAAAAACAAACAUAUAAUUAUUAUAAUGAAUUAAUAAUGCAAUGAGCUGUAGACUAUAGCUUUGGGAAUCUGCCAACAUUUUCUCAACUUUUUUCUUUGUUUUUAUUUUGUAGUGUUAAACAGUGCAACAGAAUAUUGUUAUGUAGUUCCACUUAAACAUGUUUAAAUGACAGAUAUAAAAAGGUAGGUUAGAUUAUUAUUCAAUGAGCCCUUUUCUUGAAAGAGUUGGUUCUCCUUCAUUAUUUGUAUUAAAUACGAGCUUGCGAACCAAUCAUUUGACACCCGUUCAAUCCCUGGAGGGCAUGAGGAUCGUGGAGACACCUCUCUUACUGAGGAACAACUUUAAUUGUGAUGUUACUUGUUCUUCUUUAAAUGUACAGAAAUAUUG